AAAACUGUAAACACGUCUCAAAGUCAAAAAAAAUAUUAUUUUGUUAAUUAUGGAUAUUACUGGUAUCUAUUCGUUCUAUUUAAAUAAAAUUAAUGUCGCUUCAAACUUCGUUAAACAGUAUAAAGACUUGCAUAUCAUGUAUAGCCGUCCUUUGGUCAUAAAAUACAAAGCUCAGAUUAAGAGUAUUUUGGAAAUCUUCAAGGAAAGAAAUGACGUUAAAAAGCAGGAAAUUGAAGCAGUAGAGAAGAUUCUAGUUGAACUGCAUCGUGUAGAGGAUGAGCUGUAUCUCAAAGAGAAGGAAGAGCUGAGAAAGCUUUAUGCAGCAGAAGCAAAUAAAAAGGCAUCAGCUUCAGCUACACAUACAAAUAAAAUAGAAAAUAUCAAUAAAAAAGUAGAAGAUUAUUUAACUCGAUCUCCAUCAGUACAUUCAAGCGACGACUCAAUAAAUCAGAGCAGCUAUACUGAAGACCGCUAUGAUCGUCUUGUACAAGCAUCUAAUGAUAUAAUUAGUGAAGCUAUUACCAGUGCCUAUAAGAAUCAGUUAUGAAUACUAAAUACCAUCAAGCUAUACUUAAUGUCCAUUAUUCUGAUCAUGCUAAUUAAGUUUGUUCUGCAAUACAUCCUGUGAAGUGUCAAUAAAUCAAGUCCAAAG